GAAGAAAUGAGGGACCGGACGAGUUUUGUUCGAUUUAGUGUUCCGUAUCUUUGUAUUCUCGAUCUCCGUGCCUUAGCUUUUGUUGGCGUUGAAUGGUGCUUCGCGAAUUCGUAGGGUUUGAGUUGAACGGGACGGUUGAGCCUUCGGGGGUAACCUGCUGAUUACGUCAACGACAUCGGCGGGUGAGGAGCGAUUCUCAUUCUUGAUUUCUUGAUCUUCGAGGAGCUUUUGGUGAAUUGAACUUGUUAGCAGAAACCCUGGAAGUUCACCUUGAUUUGACCUUUGAAGUUGUCUGGCACAGUUCUGUAGUGGAAACUUAAGAGCCUGUGGCCAUGGAACAGUUGACGCAGCCGUCUUCACCUGUCAUUGGAGUUGUUUCUGGUGCUGCCCAAAUAGCAUAUGCUGCACCCAUAAUGCAACCAGCAGCACUGGUCACUGGAGCUCCAGCAGUAUCAGGAGCUAUACCUCCCGCAGCACAACUGACCAUAGCAUAUCCUACUAACCCAGGCAAUAUUGCAAGCCAGCACCAGAUUGCCUACCAGCAGGUCCCGCAGUUCCAUCACGAGCUUCAGCAACAGCUUCAAGCCUUCCGGUCCGACCAGAUGUUGGAGAUAGAAGAAACUACUGAUUUCAAGAACCAUAGCCUACCGCUUGCCCGAAUAAAAAAGAUCAUGAAGGCCGACGAGGAUGUUCGUAUGAUCUCUGCUGAGGUCCCUGUGGUCUUUGCCAAGGCGUGUGAAAUGUUUAUAUUGGAACUGACGCUCCGGUCUUGGAUCCACACCGAAGAGAAUAAGAGGAGAACGCUGCAGAAGAACGAUAUCGCCGCCGCCAUUACCAACGCUGACAUGUUUGACUUUUUGGUUGAUAUAAUCCCUAGGGAUGAGUUUAAGGAUGAGGGCUUUGGUAUCGCAGGGGCUGCAUUCCCUGCUGUAGGCGGUCCUGCGAAUUCAGUACCUUACUGCUUCGUCUCGGCACCGCAGGUGCCCGACCCUGCAAUGACGAUGGGGAAGCCUGUAGAUCAGACUGCUGCUGCAACUUUAUAUGCUGUUCAGCAGCCACAUUCAGUGGCUUACAUGUGGCAGCUGCCAGAAAUGCAGCCGGGACAGCAGGUGCCGGAAAGUGAGUAAGCCAAUGUGUGUUUUGCGGAUCGUUGGAGUUGUUAGAAGAAUGUCCAAUGGAAUAUGAUUGCUGUUAGUAGAACAUGAAGGAAGUUUGCCUGUUGCUGAAGCAGCAAUGGACUGUGUUGCGUGCCAAGAUGAAAGGAGCACGGCUUUGUGAUGCUUUGCUUUUC